GUGGCGGCCCUUUUCCGCGCGUGCGUUCACUUCCCGCCAAAUCUCGAGGCCGCCUUUGUUGUCGUCGAGCGGUCCCGGCCGCAAACAGCCGCACUCGUCGUCCCAGGGUGGUUCCCCGCCGCGAAGGAGCCGCCGACUGGUUCCGAUGAAGCGUCACAGGCUCAGUCGCUUCCCGUUCGUUCAGUUUCACUUUCAAAUCCCGCCGAUAGUCGCUUCUUCCAAGAUGGCCGCCGCGACCGGCGGGCUGGGCGACGAGGAUGACGAGGACGGUGCGCUUCGCUGUGUUACUCCGCUUCCCGGCGCCAUGGGACUCGGCAAGGGCGGGCGCAAGCGCAUCGCCAUCGUGGGCGGCGGCUCUGCGGGCAUUGCGUCUGCUAAGUCCUGCCUGGAGGAGGACCUGGAGCCCGUGGUCUUCGAGCGGACCGACGCCCUGGGCGGCCUGUGGCGCUACCGGGAGAAGGCCGAGGAAGGAGUGCCCAACCUCAUGAAGGCCACCAUCAUCAACACCUGCAAGGAGAUGAGCUCCUUCAGUGACUUCCCGCCGCCCAAGGAGUUCGCCAACUACAUGCACCACACCAUGCUCGUCCGGUACUUCGAGCUGUACGCCGAUCACUUCGGCGUCACCAAGCACAUCCGUUUCAACACGGACGUCGUGAAGGUGGCCAAAAGCUCCGACUACGACGAGACGGGUCGUUGGGUUGUCACCGUGAAGACGACGGGCCAAGACCCCGUGACGGAGACCUUUGACGGCGUCCUGGUCUGCUCGGGCCACCAUGUCUACCCGCACGUGCCCACCUUCAAGGGACUGGACAAGUUCAAGGGCACAGUGUUCCACACGCACGACUACAAGCUGCCCGACGCUUAUCGGGACAAGAGGAUCCUCAUCAUUGGGGUUGGCAACUCUGGGGCGGAUGUGGCUGUCGACCUGUGUCCAGGAGCUGACAAGGUGUAUCUAAGCACCCGUCGCGGGUGCUGGGUCAUCCGCCGCGUCGGCUUCUGGGGAAUCCCGGCGGACUCGUUCCUCAACCGGCGCACCACGAACCUCUUCAACAAGUGGGCGCCCGAGUGGCUGGUGAAUUUUGUCUACGAGACGUACUCCAACGAGGCCUUCGACCAUCGAUUGUACCGGCUCAAGCCCAAGCACCGCUGGCGGAACCAGCAUCCCACCAUCAACGACGCCCUGCCCAACGGGAUCCUCAGCGGGAGGAUCAUCGUCAAGGGAGACGUCGAGGAGUUCACCGAGACGGGGGUUGUCUUCAAGGACGAGGAAGGUCAAGAGGUCAAGCUAGACGUUGUCAUCCUGGCGACGGGGUACUUGGCGACAUUUCCUUUCUUGGACCAAGACAUCCACAAGACUGAAAAGAACAAAGUGUGCCUGUACAAGUAUGUGUUCCCGCCGCACCUGCCCCACCCGACCCUGGGCUUCAUCGGCCUUCUCCAGCUGCUGGGAGGGGUCUUCCCGGCGCAAGAGGCCCAGAGCCGCUGGUAUGCGCUCCUCAUGAAAGGCAAGCUCUCGUUGCCGCCGCCCAAGGAGAUGCAGGCUGCCUAUGCCAAAUGGAGAGCCAAGCUGGAGAGCAGAUAUGUCGAGAGUCUCAGGCACACGUUCCAGGCCGAUUGGGUCGACUACAUGGACGAGAUAACAUCCCUGUACGGCGCCAAGCCCGACCUGUGGCGCAUGUUCUGGAGGGACAACAGCCUGUUCUGGAAAUGCUUCUGGGAGCCGUGCUUACCGUACCAGUACAGGCUGCAGGGACCGCACGCUUGGUCGGGGGCUAGGGAUGCCAUGAUGAGCAUGCGCAGCAGGCUCAAGGGUCCCCUGGACACUAGAAAGAUGCCGCCCUCUUCUUCUUGCAAGAACAGCAAGCUCAGAAAGGGAAUUCCCACCUUCCUCUGGGCGUUUGGAGCUGCAGCCCUGUUGAUCUACCUUGUCUCACUUCUCUUCUGAGUUGUGGCACCUAUCUAUGGUAUACCUGGCCCUCCGUCGCUUGAUGUUCUGUUGUCCGUACUCCCUGUGGUUUGCAGUCAAUCGGCAUUCCAGCUUUUGUGAUCUGUUGUUGUCCUGUGGGCAACAAUCCAUGUAGUCCCUAGGCUUGAGAAGUUUGUGGCUCACCACGUGUAGUCCUCCUUAGGCUUUGGAAGUCUCUUUCAUCUUCUAUGAUGAUGUUCCCAAUGUCUCCAUUAAGGGUGAAGUGUGAACUUUGGUUCACUGCCAAGAGACAUACAUGUGUCUGUAAAACAAAGAAAAGCUGAAUUGCCUAUGCACGGCGAUCCUCCUGACCGGACAAGGGCAGUAAUAUAAUGUUGUUCAAACCUCAAUCUCUUUGGCAAAGAACAUGAUUUCAAAGAGUAACAAAAAUUAUCAGCAGUGCUUAAAAGAGUAAAACAUCCAAAUAAAGGCAAGUCUUGUUUCUCUAGAAAAAAUAUUAAACUUGAAAAGUGUCAUUAAAAAUUUGUAAGAGGAAAAAA